AAACCGAUGCGAGGAACUUUACAUGCUGGAAGAGAAGGCUGCUAGUCCCCGCUCCUUUCUACGGUCUUCGUCGACUAGAUCAAUGACUGCACAUCCCGCCUGCUUUGAACAUGGAUGUGCAUUUGGCCCUAUGCGACCAGCCUCGACCUCCGCCAAUGGUGUUUGCGCUGGUUCUCAUGCUAGCUGUCGUGGAAGACGAGGUAUGCGCAGGAUUUUCUAUUGCUGAAAUGUGCCCCUGGCGUAAGGGGUUGGAAAUUGAGGUGACGACACCAUGGUGGACGGCUGGCGGUUGAUAGCCGUGGCGAAAACCGAGAGCUUUUCUGCUCUCUAUCUUGUCCCCGUCGUUCGUCUCCGCUGCCACCUUCCAUUCCUUUCACACAUACUCGCCCGCUCUCAUUUACGAGCAUCACAACGCACCCUUGGCGGAUUCUGUCAAUCAUCUCGGUUCAUGCCAGAUGAGGAUGGACGCACGACGGACUCUCGCAUCAGCCACCAGAACCUUGUCCUCCUCCAACAUCAGAGAACGUCUUUCGUCUAUAUCCACGCCCCUCAAACCUGUCGUAUCAUUACACACAAAAGUCGACUUCGUCCCCGCAGAUGUACCCCGCAAGCGAAGGCUACAGAUGUUGGCCGUAGCAAUAUGGUCGACGACAAUAGCUAUAACCAUGUUUGUCUGGCUCUUCCUGUGGUCAUACCCACCGCUCUGGCCCAUCCUAGUACUCUACGUGCUCUGGAUGUUCUUGGACAAUAGCCCAGAAUAUUGUGGAUGGAUAAGCCCUUGGUUCCGUUCAUCGAGGUUCUGGAGGUACUUUGCCGAGUACUAUCCCGCAUCCUUUUUGAAGACAUGCGACCUGCCACCAGAUAGGCCAUAUGUCUUUGGGUACCACCCUCAUGGGAUUAUUGGAAUGGGUGCAAUGUGCACAUUUGCUACUGAAGCGACAGGCUUCUCGCAGCAAUUUCCAGGCAUCGUCCCGCAUCUGCUCACUCUCACGUCCAACUUCCACAUGCCCCUGUAUCGCGAGAUCAUCCUUGCUCUCGGCAUUCGUUCUGUGAGCAAGAAAUCGUGUUCGAACAUCUUGAAGAAAGGUCCUGGUCAGGCUAUCACUAUCGUAGUAGGCGGUGCGGCGGAGAGCCUGAGUGCGCGCCCCGGGACGGCCGACUUGACACUACGAAAACGACUCGGAUUUAUUAAACUCGCCAUCCAAAAUGGCGCCGACCUUGUUCCUGUGUUCUCCUUCGGCGAGAAUGAUAUAUACCAGCAGAUGCCAAAUGAGAAAGGCACAACCGUUUAUGCGCUCCAGAAGAAGUUCCAGAGCGCGUUUGGUUUUACGCUCCCACUGUUCCACGGUCGUGGUCUGCUGAACUACAACCUUGGACUAUUGCCAUAUCGCCGGAGAAUCGUCGCAGUCAUCGGAAAUCCUAUCCAUGUCCAACAAUGCGACAAGCCCGCGCUUGAGGAAAUACGCCACAUUCAGACACAGUACAUUGACGAGCUUAUGAGAAUUUGGAAUACAUACAAGGAUGAAUUUGCGCGCACACGGCAGAGGGAGCUCAACAUCAUCGAGUAGCAAAUGGUACCCACCGAGACUUUGGUGUUACAUUAAACACGAUGCCUCGUUUCGCCCUGGCUGGCCAUUCACUGUACCAUGUAAUCAUCGGAUAAUGUAGAGGUAGCACGAUAGGGCUCUUGAAGCUCGAUCUUACGCAUAAUGCACGAUUAUUACACACACUUCAUAAUCAUGUUCCUUCGAUCGCUUGCAGCGUCUCGCGCCCGAGGUCCAUCCUGCGCUCGAGCACCCGGAGGACGUCUUCGCCAGGGUUGCACUUCGCCAGCCUGUCGUAGUCGUACCACACGAGCACUGAGUCCGACUCGGUCACGAUCCGGCGCUGCUUGUAGCUCCACGCGACGGCCAUGCAAUGGAAGUGUGUCUUCGCGAGGCGGCGCGCCUGGUGCUCGGGGUCGACGUGCGUGUGCGCCGGCCCCGUCUCGGUGUGCGCCGCUCCAGACAGGGGCCCCGCGUGCGGCUUGUGUGCGAUGAGCAGCGUGUCGGGGUACGUCACGGGUCGCUUGUAGUUGAGCGACACGCCCUUGAUGAUGAGAGAGACGCCUUUGCCCUUGAUCAUCGCGUCCGCCUUCGCUGCGCCGCCGAUUUCGUGCCCGAGGGACAUCAUCCAUUUUAUGCGGCCGGACUCGAAGAAACGCAAGUACCGGACGUUAUUCACGUGUUGGAACGAAUCGUGAUCCCCCCACACGAUGGGUUGUUCCCAGAAGCCCUUAGGAUCGUAGCCAAGCUUCGUAAGCUCGCGACGCGCCUCCUCGGCCGCACCGUCAUCAAACUCGUCAAGGCCGUGGUCCUCCUCAUGUGCGGGGCCCUGUGUACCCGGCGCGAUAUGGAAGGGCGAUGAGGGGUCUUGGAAUUGCGCGUACAGUGACUUGAUAGAUGACGAGUGACGGAUGCCCAGACUCGAAGUGCGUACCGUGAGCACCGCUCGAGACUGUCGCGCAAACAGGGUGCGAUAAAAACGGGCCAUGCACGCGAGCCUGAACAUGAUGUACUAGGUGCCGAGCUCGUCGACGAAGAAAUGAGAGCAGGG